AUGGAGGAUCUUCAUAACACGACGCUAAAGUUCUUCUCCGAUCAAGAGCUUUGUUAUGCCGAUAUCGUCCCUCCUGCUCAGGUCCGAGCAAGAAUUGAAGUUUCGGUACUCAAUUUUCUCAAAAUAUUGAAUGCAUCGAACCCUGCCAUCUCAGAUUUGCCUCUGAUUCAGAGAAAAUUGAGCAACAGUCGAGUGAAUCAUGGCCUCUUGACCGAAUUAUCAUGUAUUUUUCUCUCCCAUUCCGUAUCUACAAGGUCUCUGAUGAGACCUAAUGCUGCAAAGGCCUUUGUUAGGGUGUGGAAGGUGAUGGAGAUGUGCUAUCAGAUAUUGCUUAAGGAAAAGCGUGUCACCCAGAGGGAGCUCUACUACAAGCUGCUGUGUGAUUCGCCACAUCUGUUUCCUUCUCAAACAGUUGUCAACAGGACAAUCCAAGAGCUUGUAGCAUUGCUUCGGUGCAGCAGAUACAGUCUUGGAAUUAUGGCAUCUAGUCGAGGACUCAUAGCUGGCCGCCUGAUUUUGCAGGAACCUGGCAAAGAGGUUGUCGAUUGCUCUGUAUGUGGGUCUUCUGGACAAGCAAUUUCUGGUGACUUGAAUUUGUUAGGAAACUUGAUUCUAAAUGCAGACGCACGGUACGUUAUAAUUGUGGAAAAGCAUGCAAUAUUUCAGAGGCUUACUGAGGAUCGGUUUUUUCAUCAAAUUCCAAGCAUUCUUAUCACGGCUAAAGGUUACCCUGAUAUGGCCACAAGAUUUCUUCUUCAUCGAAUCAGUCGAGCUUUGCCAGACUUGCCAAUUUUAGCGUUGGUGGAUUGGAAUCCAGCUGGAUUAGCGAUUCUAUGCACCUUCAAAUUUGGAAGUGUAGGAAUGGGCCUAGAGGCAUAUAAAUACGCCUGCAACGUCAAGUGGUUAGGACUGCGGGGGCAUGAUCUACCCUUGCUGCCAGACCAAUCUCUCGUUCCAUUGAAGCCAAAAGAUCUGCAAAUUGCUCAAAGCUUGAUGUCCUCGGGAAUCUUGGAGGUAAAUUACCCAGAACCUCUGAAUAUUACUUACAAGGAAGAGCUCGCCUUAAUGGUUCAGAGCGGAAGGAGAGCUGAAAUCGAGGCCCUAUAUUUUCAUGGAUACGAUUAUUUGGGGAAGUACAUUGCUAAAAAAAUAGUACAGUCCGAUUAUGUAUGA